CGAUUAUAAAGAACGUAUAUAUAAUAGUAAAUAAUCCUCUGUUAUAGCAUAUUAAAUUUAUAGCAAAUACAAUAAAUAUUUGCCCAUAAUAUAGUUCUAUACAAUUCUUUGUAAUUAAUAAGCUUAAAUAAAUUAUUAUUAUAAUCCAUUAUUUUGAUUUACUAAUUAAGUUUUAUGCAUUGGACAUUAUAAACAUUGUAACAUUAAUUACCCAAAUAUACUGUACAUACAUUAAGUACUUGUUUGAUUUAUUAAAAUAACCACUUUAUAUUUGAAAAUGUCUGAUGAAGAGAAUGAUCGUUUCGAAAACGAACUACGUUUAUUGACCAAAGAUUUUAAAAAUAUUCCACGUACACCAAGUGCUUGGGAACAAGAUAUCCAUGAUAUUGAUGAAGACCCAAAUCCACAUGGUAAAAUUUAAAUAAUAAUAAUUAAUAAUACAAUAGUUAUAUUAGUUUCUGAUCUACAACAUUAACUCAGAAGAGAACUCAUUAAAUAUCAAUUAUUAUUAUGUAAAUUUUAAAUUUAAAUUAACACGCAUUGGUUUAACUAAGCUUUGAGUAAUAAGUUAUUACCAAUUUAAAACUAAUAAUUAUAUAUUCUAUAGUAUAAUUUAUAUAUUUGAUCUAAUUUAUAAUUUUUUUCUCAAGAAAAUUUGUUAAUUUAAUAUCAAGUUUAAAAAUAUUGUUGUGAAAAAUACAAUGGGAAAACUAUACCGAAUGGUUAUAAGCUUACAGUAUCUUAAUUAUACAAUGUGAUCUCGCUCAUUUUUGUUCAGUAAUAUUUAUUUUUUCCAAUAUUCUAUGAGAAAGAAAAAAAAAUAUUGAAUUAAUCAAAGUUUCAGAUUACUCCAGCAAUACUUUACCCGUGUCAGGGUUGAGAUAAAAAAAAAAAAUACCUACUUGAAUAAGUCAUUUUGGAUUUUUGAAUUCCCUCAAUCAAUGUUUACCCUUCCUGUCCCUAUAAAAUGUAUAGGAUAAUAAAAAAUUAAGAUUAUUUUGUUAAUGAUUUUAAUUUCCUGCCUAAAUAUUAAUAUUACAGAUAAUAAUGAAAUAGAUUAUAAUAUAUUUUUAAAAUAAAAAUACUUUGUACUGAUAUAUCUAUAAGUAUUACAUGUUUAUUAGACACUCCAGAACAAGAAGUUUUAUGGGCAGCUGAAAAAGGCAAUUUGGAUUUGGUUAAAUCUUUGGUAUCAGAACAUAGUUACUUAGUCGAUGUUUGUGAUAAAGAUGGUUAUACACCAUUACAUAGAGCAUCUUACAGUAACCAUUUAUCAGUUAUCGAGGUUAGCAAUUUAGUGUAGAGUAUCUUGGUCAAUGCUGUAACUGAAAUAUUAAUUUUGUCAUAUUAUAGUAUUUAUUGGAAAAUAAUGCAAAUCCAAAUGCUCGUACUGAAUUCUAUUGGACACCAUUACAUUCAGCUUGUAAAUGGAAUAAUGUAGAUUGUGCGGAAAAACUCAUAGAAGCUGGGUCAGACAUAAAUGCUACGACUGCUGGUGGUAAUAUUUAUUAGAACUGUCACAACACAUAUUAACAUAAUACAAAAAAUAUGUUUUUUUAAUAUAAAUGUAUGUACUUUAGGUUUAACACCUUUACAUUUAGCAGCGGAAUUAGGUGAUUCACAUGACCUCAUCGAACUAUUAUUAUCUCAGCCAAAAAUUGAACCAAACGUUAAACUACCAAAUAACAUAGGAGAUACUCCAAAAGACAUUAGUGGCCGGAGAAGUAUUAAUGACCGUCUUUUUGAAUACACUGAACCAUGCUUUAGUUAUUUAUAAUAACUUUAUUUUAUCAUUAAAUAAACAUUGCAAAUAAUUUCAUACAAUUUAAAUUUUAACUGACAACAUUACCCUAAUAAGCAGAGCUUGUAAAUGGUUGUAACAAGUUCAAUACAUUUCAUUGUCACAUAAAUGAUAUUUAAAAUUUGUAUAGAUCUUUAAUAGGAUAUUAUACCUACAUCUACUGUCUCAGUCCAACUACCAGGUAACAUACAUAAAUAAUGUUUACACAGAAUAAGUAAAACUAGCUGAUUUUGAUUUAAAAUAAAAGUACCUAUCACAAAAUUCACAGGAAAAAAUAUUUUGGAGGAAGUUAUUGGUUUUUAUUGAAUUACGAUCUAUUAAAAUAGUAAAAAAUAAAGGUUUUUGUAUCUUUUAUAUUGAUCUAUAAAUUUUGAAUAAUACAAAAACCCUAAAUUUCCUUCAAAAUAUUGUUCUUAAUAUGUACUUUUACUCUAAAAUCAAAAUUAAGCUAGUUUUACUUAUGCAUAAGCAUUGUUUAUGUAUGUUACUCGGUAAUUGGACUGAGACAGUAGAUGUCUUUACAAGCUUAAACUAAACUUCUCCAUCCAUCCAUAAUUUUCUAAGGUGUCUUCCCAUCUUUCUGAUUCAUCUACAGCUACGAUAUUUUGAUAACCAUCUUUGCCUUGGCCUUGCGCAUAGUCACUAUUUCCUAGAUUAAUCAAUUUUUUUAUUAGCUUACCAAAUAGCAUGUCCAGCUCUUUUCAGCCAUAGUAUUUAUACUAAGUUUAAAAAGUGGUAAGUUCUCUUUUGAAACUGUAGAUAACAAUAAUACAUUCAGAAUUUGUAACCCUUUCAUGGCUUAAAUACACAAUACAACUUACUUUAUUUUAAGUAGCAAUUUUCCUUCAGAUUCAAAUAGAUUGAUAUUUUCAAUUAAGCAAUUUUAAUAAUAAAAAAAAGUUUUAAACUCAAAAUUGUCAGAGCUACUUUAGUUACUGAGGUUAUUAUUUUUCUUAUAAUGGUUUACUCACUCGUACACCUGUAACUAUAGUAUAUUAUAUUGUUUUAUGAAAUUAUCAGUUUAACUAAAUUAUAACAAUAAAUUACAGAUUUUACAAUUAAAUAUAGCAGUAUUUAGUAUUUAAAUAUGCAUAUUGAAAUCACAAUAUUAGACUUAAUUAUUUUUGUCAAUAAUAAUAUUUAAACUAUUAUAAAUAAGUAGUACUAUGCAAACAGGUUGUUAUCAAAAUUGUGCCUUAUAUUAAUAUAGAAAAUAUAAAAAUAUCUCACUUAAAUUAUUAUAAAUUCAAUGUCAUUCAGACCAAAGACUAAUACAAGGUCCACAAGAAACAAUUAAUAUUUUUUUACUGGGAUGUGUACUAAUUGAAUUGACGGAUUGUGUAUAUGAAACAUCAUUUGAUUUCAACUUCUCUAUAAGUUCAGCGCUUACAAAAUCCCAACACCAAAGAUUUCCACAUGUUGAUCCACUUAUUAUUGUACUAUCAUUAUGAAACACACAAUUUUCAAUAAAGUAAUCAUCCACUUUGUGACCUGUGUAUCUAAAAUAAAAAAUUAAAAUACUAUGUAAUUAGAUAUUUAAUUAUGACUUGAUAAACUAUAGUUAAAAUAUUAAUGUGUACUCAUUCAAUAAUUCUCCUUUUUGUCUAUCCAUUAAUUUCAGUGUAUUAUCUGUGCAGCUAACUAAAGUGCACAUGUUGUCUUGUGUUGAACUGAUGCACGAUAUCGGCUCUAUAAAUAUAUAUUUUAAUGGACAUAAAAGCAAAAAUUUAUAAAUAAUAGAUAUUAUAAAGACAGUGCUUACUUCCAAUAAAGUCAGAAUCUAAACUACCCAUUCUUAUGUCAUAAGUUCGUAAAAAACAAUCUAGGGAGCCAGUUAGGAUUUGAUAACCAAUAACUAAAACUUUAGUAAUGCUAUCUUUAGCUUCUUUUAAAACCUAUAAUU